AGCAAGUACACCCUGACGAUUAACCAUUCUCACCGUCAACCUCGAACUGAAUGGUAAAUGAAGCUCAACCCACCAUCCAAACGAUCACGCCAGUUCGAGUGGCUGCAACUCAUGAACACACCAUAUAUGCAAUUGCAGUCUUUCCUGAAGGACGACAUGUGGUGACGGCCUUGGGAGAUAAUACACUUCGCCUGUGGGACUUGAAAGACGAUGGUGCGGUGAAGAAAAUGGAAGGCCAUCGCGGUUGGGUGUGGGCAGUUGCGGUAUCACGAGACGAGAGAUUCAUAGCAAGCGGUGAUCACAACGGAGAGUUGAUCAUUUGGAACGUCGACACCGGUGAAUCGCUCACCUCAAUCGAAGCCCACUCUGCAGCAAUUCACUCGGUGGACUUUUCUCAAGAUGGAGAAGUACUGGCAACUGGUUCAAAGGACAAAGCUACGAAGUUGUGGAACGUGAAAUCAUGGAAGCAGCAAGGCAAUCCAAUUGCUUGUGGUGAUUAUGUCCACUGCAUUCGGUAUUCGCCGUUCGGAGAACAUCUUGCCAUCGCGACAUCUGGGGAUAUCCAAAUAUGGAAUCCAAACAGCAGGCACCAAAUCAAAACCUUAAAGGCUCACGCUGCGUUCAAUUCAGCAUGGAAUUACUCCCUUUCAUGGGCGUCUGAUGGCAGACGGCUAUUCACAGCGGGUUCCUAUCUGGAUCCCACCAUACGGGAGUGGGAUACAUCAACGUGGGAACAGGUCGGUCAUCCCUGCACUGGCAGGGGCAAUAGCGGUACUAAGGGCAUCAAUACCCUUACUGUGAACCCUGCUGGCACCCUUGUCGCUUCCACAUCUUACGAUCAUCAUGUCCGCCUCUGGCGGCUGUCGGAUCGACGAAUUAUCGCCUCGUUCAAGCACUCUCAUACAGUGUGCUGUGUCGUAUUCUCCACCGAUGGCAAGUACAUCCUCAGCGGUGGUCUUGAUAAAAAGGUCUCUCAGUGGGCAGUGCCCUCUCUUAAUUUCAAGGCAUGUUUUGAUCGUUCAGACUUGACAAUGCAAAAACCAUUUUCCCUGCAGAUCCUUGAGAUGGACUCAAAAUCCCGCGAUGCAUGCAUAGCCGGAGACUUGAAUACUGCUGAAGCACUGCUGACACAACAAAUUGACGCUGACAAUGGCGACCACAACGCGUAUGCCAAUCGCUCAUUUGUUAGGGCACGAAAAGCGGAAUGGAGCCUCGCACUUGAUGAUGCACUCAAGUCCAUUGAGAUGCCCUCCUUGACAGGAUAUCUCUCCAGCGGUAUCGCACUUUGCGGAAAUCAGCAGAUUUCGGAUGCAAUGAAAAAUUUCAAUUUGGCGACCAUGUUCACGGACGGACAUUCAAAGACCAUUCUUCUCUUGGUAAAGGCCAUUGCAUUAUUCAACGCAAAACAGCAUUGCGAAGCAAUCCCACGCAUUCAACAACCUCCGGAUGCUUCUCCUACUGCUGACAGUCUUGCUUGCAGUAUCGCAGAAGUUUAUCUAGAUAGCUUGGAUGGCGCGCAUCGCAACGGAGCUGCGGGAGACUUCACUGCCACUUUCAACACCAUCGCUGGCUCAUCUGAAUCCACCAUAUGUUCUGAAUAUGAGGACUUUACUGUGCUAUUCGGAUGCGACCUCAAGUUAGUGUGGCAGAUUUCUAACCAGAGACGGUGUGAUGCACUCGUGCAGGCAGGUGAAACUAGAGAGGCCCUCGAAUUAUAUCGAUACAUGAUGAAUAUGAGUGAUGAAGCUACGAAGGCUAAGUGCCUCGAUUGGUCCACUACAUUCGAACAAGCGUGCAGGAAUCAUUAUAUUGCCAAAGGAUUUGAUAAUAUCAUUGCAAGUGCAGAUGCCGCGUUCAACGCGAGCAAUUACGACGAGGCUAUCGAGCUAUACUCGGCGGCAAUCAACUUGAAUUUAGCCAGUGACGCCAUCUUCACAAACCGCAGUAAGGCAAAGUCGGGACAAAGGCUAUGGGAGGAUGCAUUUCUCGAUGCACAAGAGGUUAUUAAACUCGACCCUUCCGAUUAUCUCGGAUAUCAAUUGAAGCACGCAGUGCUUAAUGCCGCACAACAUUACGAUGAAGCUAUUGAUGCUUUCCAAGUAAUGCUCUCCAAGUUGGACAGUUCUCCCGACACACAACAACAAGAGUUGCGCCAGCAGUAUGUCUCUCAAUCAGACGUAGAAAAAGAUAUUGAAAAAGUCAUUCGGACUCGCAUGGACCACACCCCGAUUCGUGUACUUGACACUUCCACUGGUCGCUUAUGCGAUCGAAAGGCACAGAUGGAGGCCUUCAAGAGGAGCACAGAGUACAAAGAACUUCUAUCAUCAAUAACGAGGCGCGCAGACCUCCGAAUGGAGCGCAUCCGAAAGGUGGUGGCGAAUUUCUUUGGUUAUGUCAUGCUAUCACAUAGGUGGGAAGGGAAGGAACCGCUGCUAUGCGACAUCCAGGGCAAGAGCGUGUACGAGUUGCACCCAGUCGACACCGUCAGGAAGUUGCAGCGGUUCUGCGAGAUUGCUCGUGAUGCUGGCUACCGCUGGGCGUGGAGCGAUACAUGCUGCAUAAACAAGGCAGAUACCGUGGAACUCCCAGAAUCCAUCACCUCCAUGUUUCGCUGGUACCAAUACUCAGCCCUCACAAUUGUCUACUUGUCUGACAUCUUGCCUCUGUCGGCAUCUGGCGCACUCGCCAGCAGCAUUUGGAUCACCCGAGGUUGGACACUCCAAGAAUUUCUCGCCCCCAACAUCAUUCUCUUCUACAGAAAUAACUGGACCCCGUAUCUUGAUCAUCACUCUAACAACCACAAGGAGUUUAUCAUGCAAGAGUUGAAGGAUGUUACAGGCAUAGAUUCGCGGUUUCACGUCGCCUUCCGUCCUGGGAUGAGAGAUCCUCGCGAGAAACUCGUAUGGGCAUCAAAGCGCGACACCGAGAAGCCAGAAGAUGUUGCAUACUCAUUAUUUGGUAUCUUCGGCGUCCACCUACCCGUAAUAUAUGGAGAGAACAAACAGAAGGCGCUCGGGCGACUCUUGGGGGAGAUUGUUGCUCAGUCGCGUGACAUCAGCGUCCUGGACUGGGUUGGAAAAUCAUCCGAAUUCAAUAGCUGCCUGCCUGCCGAUAUCAAAUCGUACGGAUCGACAUCCUUAUCACCAUGCUCCUCCGAAGAUCAGAUUCAGGAAUCUAUCUCUUCGCUGCGAGUUGCUGUGGAUGAGCGGGUGGCUUUAGAUUUGUAUGACAAGCUUAGCGGCAUAAACCCCCCUAAUUUUUCAACCCGGCGGUUACAUCUGCCUUGUAUGGUGUUCCGUGUCACCCAAGUCAAGCGAAGACGCGAUCAAGAUGAAGAGAUACUGUUCAGGCAUGAGGUGAAGGCAAAGGGGCUUCAAGAUUUGCUCAUCGCCACGGACACAAAACUACCCCAGUUCUCGCGAAGAAGACCCACCGCACAGAAAUUCUUGCUCGUCCGUCCCUGGGACCGUCGUCUCCUCGAACUACCUGACUUUUCGGACGAUACGGAGAGCGUGGACGAUUUAUCUCCUCCCCCAUCCCCAUCAGAUUCACAUUGUUGCUUGCCUGAUCCUGGAGAGCACGAGUCUCCAGGUUUGGAAUCAAGGGAGCGAGCGUUACGAUUAAUUGCUCACCUCAAGCAACCAUUCAGGGCAUUCUUGCUAGGGCAGAAAUGUGGCGAAGAAUACACGAGAAUGAUAUCAGAACAUGAUAUCAUUGCACAAGUCGCAGAAACGACUUCUAUUCGCGACAUCAUGGAAUGCGUCACGACAGUAGAGGUGGUUUAGCUUUGAAGAAAAAAGUGAAUUCUCAGACGUCCUCUUCCUUGAACAUUUCGGACAUUUCACAUUACUUAUAUUUGUACAUCCAUAUACUAGCAUUCUAAUCUAUGGGAAGCACAUCUCGUUCUGAAAGGUUAUGAAUG